AUGAACAACCAAAAGAAGAUUCUAUUGCUGCUGCUGCUGGUGGCUGUGUUGCACAACAUUUCAGCGAGGAGUAGCUUCGGAGUGCCGCUGUGGCAGUUGCAGUUUCCCGAGCAACCACAGAGCCAGCAACAGGAAGAGCCACAGCCACGGCUCCUUGCCAGUGUGAAUGCUGGCGGCUAUGAGGACGAACUGCAACAGCUGCUGCUGCUCUCCUCUGGCCUCAGUCCGGCCCAGCUGCUGCAGCGCUAUCAGCCGCGCACUCAGGACGAUAGCCAUGGCCGCUUCUUGGGACACUUUCCCGGCAAAUCUGGCAACGGCGGCACCACACUCUUGGUUGUGACUGCACCCCUCAGUCCACCGGCGAACGUCACGAAUGUCAACAACAAUAUAAACAGCCUGAACAAUACGAGCAGCACUCCGGCAGCGGCAGCUGCGGCAGGCACUCGCUUUGGGGAGUUCAUACGCAGUCCGAUCGGGUAUCCCGCAUCCAGUCUGCCAAUGCAGUACUUCCGCACGCGCCAGGACGAGGCCUCCUCCCAGCUGCCAUACGCAGGCUAUGGCUGGAAUGAGGCAGCGCUCUAUGGCGCCGGCUUGGACGGAGGAUUGGCUGGAGGCUUAUCCCCGCAUGUCUUCGGUGCUGGCAUGCCCCUGGUGCCCAUUACCAUUGGCAACGAGGUGCGCUACGUGCCCCUGAAUCUGCGCAUGUUCCGGCAGCUUGCCAGCAUGCCGCUGCCUCUGCCCGUUCGGGAGAGCGAUGAGGAGCGUCCCACCAACGACGAGCAGCUGUCCCUGGCCAUGACUGACGAGGCGGAGGAGCCCGAGGAUCCCAUUGAGACCCUGACCGCUGGACAAACCCCCACGGAGGGCUUUGCUCGCUUGGGACAACGUCUGAGGCAGCGUCCCCUGAUGCGGCGCAAUCCGCUGCAGAACUUCGCCCAGAACCUCCGACGAGUGCAGUAUCUGUGA